AUGAAAAUAAUCCAGUUAAUUUUAUUUCUGUGGCUUCCACCUACCGCAAGACAACAAAAGCAAGACUUCAAUAGUGAUCCAGCAAUAUGCAACUUGACAGAUAUUCAGCCGCCACCGUCAGAUGUACAAUUUCCAACUUUCCCAUCAAAAGCUGAAUUUGCACUUGAAGUUGUUGAGAUAUUAAAUUCUAAUAUUAGUGGUACAGCUUUGCGUACAAUCAAACAAUCAAUGUACGAAUACAUUUAUGAUUAUGAUGCAAACAGUCUCAUUGUUGCUAAAAAUGAAAAUAACAUACGAUCAGUGGAAUAUUAUUAUUAUGCAGCCGGAAAAAAAGCAAAAUAUUUUGCACGAGAUUUUUGUAAUGUUACAGAUAUUCGAGUGAAUGAUCCAUAUGAUGGUUCCUCAGCCAUUAUCACUAACAAUAUACUUCAUAUUCGACCAUUGGAAGAACUCUUAUUAUUUUCAUCAAAUAACCCUAUGACACCUAUUAGACCACGAUAUUUGGGCAAUGCAACUGUCCGUGGCAUUCUAGUUGAUCAAUGGGAAACGUGCCUGAUUGAGAGCUUAACAUAUCGUACAAUAAGAAGAGAAUGGUCAUUCGCUAAACCAGAAUACGUAAUGUCAAUAGGACCGAUACUAACAUCCGUACCCGUUCAAGCAAUCAUUAAGGCAUCUAUUUACCUUAAUAAUUCAUCACAAAAUAGAACUGAUGAAAUUUUUAAUGUUAUCUCAUAUAAACCAGGCAUUCUGGAAACAGCUGACCAGUUAUCACCACCAAAAGGUGUUUGGUGUGAAAAUCUUCAAAAGCCCGAAGAUCUAUUGAGUUUGGAAGAACAAGUCGCUUGGCCACAACGGUUCAGUGUUCGAGUGGAAGCUUUAACAUCGCGAGAAGCCAAUUUGAAAACAUUUCAUAUGCGGUUUGAACGGCGCCGACAGCAAAAAAUGAUUCGAUAUGAUUAUCAACCCGUUGGGGAUAACCAUCAAACAGUUAUACUGGACUAUACGAAUCAGUUACGAUAUACAAUUGAUCGACGUUUGGGUGCAUGUAAGGUUGAGCGUACACAACAGGGAUUCUUCGAGGACAAAUCACAGGAUGUCACCAAAUACCCUAUUGAGUUCUUUAUUAAAUAUGAAGAUUUGUUCAUCGAUAAUCCACCGAAGAAAGCAUUUCAAUAUAGUGGUAUAAGAAAAUGUCGUGGCGCUGCUAUAUCAUGUGCAAUCUUCACAACGACACAUGAUAAAUUUCCACCGAUCCCGGAGACCCGCGAAACGUGGGACUCUACUAUUGUCGAAUGGGCCUGGGCAUUUAGACAGCCAUCGGCACCACCGUCGCUAGAGGAUCAAAUAAAACAGUUUGAUUAUCCCAUACAUUUAUAUUUAAAAUUUUUGAAACAAGGAAUAAAUUCCGAUUUAUUUGACAUUCGAAAGGAAAAUAUUGAAUAUCAAUUUUAUGAAUUUAAUACAGAUGUACAUCAAGAUGAAUUUGACAUUAGUCAAUGUUACCGUUCAAAUGAUCUCGGUUACAAACAUUUGACAUUUAAUUUGAAAAUUGAACAAGGCGGUACGUCCGAUGUGUUUGAUAAUAAUCAUUUGGAUCGACAUCGACUUCACGAACAUAUUUUUGAACGGCUAAUGAAUGCAAUGAAUAUUGCACAGUCACGUAUAUCAAAUUUGGAAAUUGAUCAUGAUCAACAAAGCAACCAAAUUUAUGUUUUAUUUACCCUUCUGGAUAAAACACCAUUAUUAAAUCGAACAGAUGAAUUAGAUAUUGGCGAAGCUAAAAGAAGAUUGAGUGAAGCAAUCAAUACCGGAAAUCAGUUUGAAUUUGAUAUGCCAACGUUGGACAACACGGUCACAAUCAUUACAAUAAAAGCUAUAUCCAAUACAUUGGAUGAGCUUGAACAUUAUAAUCUAUUUUAUCAAUCUAGUACGACGACAGAAGCAAGUUUCACAACUAUUUCCACUACUACAGGAACUGCUAAAGCUACGUCAUCAGACCCAGUCACUACUGCCGCCACCACCACCACAUCUAUUCUGCCAACGCUGAUUGUACAACAAAUAACAGAACAAAUUCGUGAGAAAAUUGUUUAUUCCUACAGAUCACAAACUGGAGCCAUUGUUGGAGGUCUUUUAGCUGGAAUACUACUUGGUCUCUUAUCAUUAUUUCUUUUAAAUCGCAAAUCAUCGACAGUUGAUGAUACUGCCAGUGUUGGAUAUUUAUCGAUGACAAACGUUAAUUUUCGUUCAAAAAAACAAACAUCAGACGUACUUCAAAUGGAUAAUCGAAAGUAAUGCUUUUCAUUCUAUGUAUACAUAUAGGAGUUAUAUAUAAAUAUAGAAGAGUUAGCUGAAUGUCUAGAGGUCGAACCUUUGUCCAAAAAUACACUAAGGUUCAAUACAAAAAUUUUUCCAAUAGGAUUGUACUGAUUUGUUUUCACAGACUGAUAGCCCAGGGUGUCCUUUUCAAAUUGAGAGACCUUGAUUUUCCACGCAUAAGGGCGUUGUAUCGGAUUUGCUACGAAUCCCAGGCCUGGCGGAUAAACUAUGCGUAAUCCACCACGCUGCGUCUCGUGGCAAUAUUUGUUUCUAGAAAAGUUUUAAAAUUCUACCGAAAAGCGAGUUUUAAGAAAAAAAUCAGUAGAAUUCUUGAUAAACAUUUUAAAGCAAUAUUCCGAAGGCAUUUACCAUUGGAUUUACGAUUUUGACAUCACCAUUCGAUAGAGAAAAUUGUUCUAUUUCGGUCUGCGUAAGACCGAGCUAGUUAGCGUGUUUCGUUCAAGAGUUAUACGCAUUUUCCCGAGAGCCCCAAAUGGCAUUUUCAGUGAUUUUCAGGGUUUUUCGACGCUUCAUCGCAGUGCAAACAGCGGACAAAGUGUAUUUUGGGGAUCAGCCUGGCC